GAUUUUAUAUACUCUAUCAAACGACCCCUAAUAAUAAUUAUUACUGGGAAAGAAAAAGUGGGGCCUAUCUGGCAAGGCAGGUGAUGUAAACAAUGGGCGCCAGCUUUGCAGGCUGACCGGCAAAUCAACAAAAUCAACUAACUUUUUUAACCUGGGCACUUCCACCAACCAUUUCAUCUCCGGCAUUUUCCCCCUCUGCUAACUGCGGGAGAUGUCACGUUAUCUAUCAAAUAGGGAACAAAAGGUUCAUUUUGAUGAGGACGAAGUAGGGGGAACGUUGAGGUUGAAGCCAUCCGAAAGCAACGUAACGGAAGAUCAAGAGCCAUUUAUGGGAAUCAAAGUCCGUAGAAAAGCUUCUAUUCAUAGAGAUUAUGUUGGUGAUUAUAUUGACGUUCCUUCCAGACCCUAUCUUAUGAAGAUUCUUGAAAAACAAGGUGACAAAAAGGUUCUAUUUGCAGACACAAUUAUGAAGUUUACAAGCACAGGGAAGAUGAAGCGUCGCAUUCUCCUUGUAACUGAUUUUGCCGUCUACAUUGUAGACCCAGAAAGUGGUGCACUUAAAAGGCGGAUUGCCCUGGCAGCUGUUGAGAAGCUUUGUUUGAGUGAAUUAAGUGAUAAUUUCUUUGCAAUUAUCAUUCCGACUGAGUAUGAUCUGCUCAUGGCCAGUACUCGGAAGACCGAAAUAGUAACAGUCUUAGUAGAUUCUACCAAGAGUCAAUCUGACUAUGAACUUGAUGUUCUCUUCUCUAAUAGGUUCGAGUACAAUGCUACUUCUGAACUCGCUAAAGAAGUUCAAUUUGAGCAAGUUGAAGCUGGUGUCAAAACUAGAAUCUCGCGAAAAUGAACUACCCUUAGCAUGCAAUGGUCUAAGAACAUCAGCUACUCAAUAUCAUGCCUGCAAAUGUGUCUUUGCUAUUUGGAAGGGGGAGCCGGUAUAUCAUUCCUUGUGGAAAGGUGAUCGAUUUUUACUUGUUGAAGAACAGAAAAAGGAAAAGGGACGGAAUGUAUUACCAUUUUCCUCUUAUGAGCUGAUUUUGUCGCUCUAGCUAUGCCUGUCUAUGCAUUUAUUUGUGUUGUAUAUUAUCCAAUUCAUUAUAUGAGAUGUUUGGUGGCUGAUACUUGGAAGGGACAAGUUAAACAUCAAGUUUCUACACCCAAGGGUAGAUUACUUUAACCAUUGUGGAUUGCAUAUAUUACAGUAAAAAGACAGCUCAUUUGUUGUAGUAGUAAAUAAUGCAAGCAAGUUGACAUUUUAAAAGAGAGAGAAAAGGUUUGCUGUGGA